GGCGACAUUAAACCCGCCCUCUCGAAAGUGGCAUCCUGUUAAUCCACUGACGUCACGCCAUUUUCCACCGAAGACGAAAAGGCACAAUUUAGCCGCAUCACAAUCGAUAAUCUGAGCUGAUAUUUACACCUAAAACGAUACAGUCAUGCAUCGUGACUGUCCCCUUGACUGCAAGGUCUACGUUGGAAAUCUCGGCAACAAUGGAAACAAGACAGAGUUAGAAAGAGCAUUUGGCUACUAUGGUCCUCUCCGGAGUGUUUGGGUGGCCAGGAACCCCCCAGGCUUCGCCUUUGUAGAGUUCGAAGAUCCCAGAGAUGCAACUGAUGCCGUGCGGGAGCUUGAUGGAAGGACUUUGUGUGGCUGUCGGGUGCGUGUGGAGUUAUCUACUGGCGAGAAGCGUAGCCGCACUCGAGGCGCUCCCCCUUCAUGGAGCAGGCGUCCUAGAGACCGAGACGACUACAGGCGGCGUAGCCCACCACCCAGACGCAGAGCCACCACCAUGCCUCUUCUCACCACCCUCUGAGUCAAUCAACUAGUCCUCUUUCAGCAUCAUGUGACUGCUGAUCAUCGGGCCGCAAUCAGCUUGGCUGGUGCUGUCACAUGACCCAGGCAUGGCCAGUCGUCAGGUUGCACCAGCCCAUUGGUUCCUCAGCAUGCCGUUCUCAACCUCCUCCUCCUUCAACCUUAACCCAAACGGCAGCGGCCACCUCACAUUCCCGACCAAUCAGCGUAUUACGUUCCCAAAUGUCUACAACCUACCAGCAGCAGCCUUCGGCUAACCAAUUAAAGCAGGAAAAAAGCCACAGCCAGCCCCCAUCUGCCUGCCACCUAAUCACCUUGCAGCAUCUGGCCAGUCCUAUUCAGCCAAUUCUACCCACCCGGCCGACAGUCUGCCUCCCUUUCGUCAUUUCUAGCUUGUUGAAAACCAAAAAUACUAGUAAGUUUUCCUGCUUCAUUCAGUACACUGCUGAUUACAGUUUUAAAAGUGAAGAGACAGCUGGUUUAAAAGGGUUGUUCUUUUUUUUAAAUUAUUAUUAUUUUAAUCAUAAGUUUGUCAUUUUGUCGUCCACCAUUUCUGUAGUCCUUGUUUCAAAGGGGGAUGGACCAACAUCAAAUAUCUGGAACGUCAUGUUUCCAGAGAUUUCGAUGAUAGAUAAUCAUCUGGUAUGUCUUGGGGCUCUGAGCAGAAUUAUGAAGUCACAUCAAAACUUUCCUUAAACACCCCCUAUGAAUAUCAGAUCUUUGUGUGUGUGUGUGUGUGUGUGUUCCCGGUUUGAGAUCUUAGCCUGGCUGUUUCACGAGGCUUAUUCCCUGUGAAAAAUAAAUUUUGGUACCAACUUCCAUUUCUGUACAUUUUUCCCUUAAAGUGCAGUGGACUGAAUUCAUACAGAUGGUGGCCCAAAUGGUGUGCUGGGUUUUUGAUUCCCCACAUCAGAGCCGAUCCACAGUACGAUAUCAAACUACCUAAGAUGAAAAUCCUGCUGGGGUUUCAUGCCUCGGCGCUCUGAACCUACUGCUUAUGAAUCACGGGACGAAUCCUAAUCUGCAUUUCAAAGUUAGACUGAAAUAUAAUUGGACUUUAUUGAAAGGUGCAUGUGUUACUGUGGGAAAGGUGAGAGGUGGUUUCCUCUGCACCUGCCAUCUUUAUGUGCUGGGUCCACUGCCAGUGACUUCUGUUUUCUGGUUGAAGUCUUUGUUUUCCUUGGAAAAACAUGCAAGUCGUUUACUUCCAUUUUGAGUUCUUGAAAUAGCCAAAGGGCUGUGCUGAGGGAGCCCCGUGUAAGAAAAGGAGUAAAUAAUGUGGAGUUCUACACAGUGAUCAAUCUAUCUGUCUUCGUCCUUAACACGUUUGUAUUUUCCCUGCGCAGAUCCCCACGCAGGAGGAGCUUCAGCCGCAGCCGUAGCAGGCAAGUCAUCUUUCACGCUGCAUGAGAU